AUUAGUAAACUGAAAUGAAAUCAGGACCUGCCAAAAAGAUAAGCUAAAACUUUUAAAUGUCAGAAUAAUGGCAGAGCGUCCAAAACGAGGUAAAAUGCGUACCAACAGUGGCUCCGAGGCGCCAUCUACAGCAAAGAAGAGAAAGACUGGAAUUGCAGGACAGUCUCAGGAACAGUCUGUGGAGCAGUUUGAGGAGUAUCCAUCAAUAAGCAUUGAUUCUCUACCACCAGAGCUGGUGGAAGAAAUCCUUUCCUGGGUGUCGGCCCGUGAUGUAAUUUCCUUCGGCGCGACCUGCACUGCGUUCUACCAGCUGAGCCUCAGUUCGAUCCUGUGGAAGAAUCUGUAUCAGCACAAAGCCUCCGGAAGACUUCCUGUAACCGAUGGCUCCGGCGCCGGCAACAGCGUCAACUGGAAGCGCAUGGCCAUCUUUAAAUAUACCCAGUCCCUGUACCUGCAGCGACUGAGCGGCGGCGGUGCCAACCGGGGCAGUUUCAGCUGGAACCGCAGCGGCGGCGGACAGCUGGUGUCCCGUGCCGUGGUGCCCCCCACCGCCCUGGGCUUCCUGCGCGCCCAGCCCACCCGCGACCACCUGCUGCUCUGGGACCAGCAGAGGACCCUCUUCAUGCUGCGCAACGGCGUCAUGACCACGCAGCGCGGCCAGUUGGCCUGGAGGCGCGCCGCACGCUACUCCGUGCUGUGCCACAACGCCAAGGAUUUUGCCGUGGACCCCCGCCCCGACGUGUCCCACCGCGGCUACGUCUACGUGCUGGUGAACCGUAUGGACAGCCUGCCCGCCCCCAACGCGGCGGCCGGGCCCUCGGGCGCCAUCGUCCCCAUGCCCCCGCCUCCCCAGGCCCAGCGCUGCGACUGCGUGGAGGUCUACCAGCAGGACAACGGCCUCCGGGUCUUCCGCAUGACCUUCCACUUCUCCCUGACCUUCACCCAGAUCCGCCUGACCGGCUCCGAGUUCAACCGGACCCUGCUGCUGCUGACAGACACUGGCAAGGUGUACGCGCUGUACGUGAAUGAGUCUCAGCUGAGCAUGCCGCGCUCCUACACGGUACAGCUGGCCCUGAAGAAGAUCAGCAGCUCCCUGCCCAACGUGCCCAUCAGGCACCUGCAGACCGGAUACAACAGCGUCGUCUACCUCACAAAUGAGGGUGGUGUGUACAUCGAGGUGCACGCAGCUGGGGUCUACCGCCAGCUGUUUGGCUCCAACGCCGGCUUUGAUCCUCAUGACGUCCAUGCCCCCCUGCCUCUCUCCAUCCCCAAUAAGGUUGUGAAGUGCUCUGUGGGCCAGACCCACCUGUGCCUGGUGGAUGAGAGCGGACGCCUCUACAUGCAGGGCUGCAACCGCUACGGGCAGCUCGGCACCGGGGACAAGAUCGACCGCGGAGAGCCUACUAUGGUGGCACUGUCCCUGGCCCUGGUGGACGUGUUCUGUGGCCUGAACCACUCCCUGGCCCUGCUCCAGGAGGAGGGCGGCAGCAGGGAGGUCCACGGCUGUGGAUGCGGCGCAGGAGGACGCCUGCCUGGAUGCCCCGACGGCAGCGCCGUCUUCAUCAAGCUCCGUGUGCGGGUGUCCCGCAGCACGCGCUCCAUCUGCGCCUCCAAGGACUGCCUCUACCUGCUCUCCAGCCACGACAUCGAGGAGCCGCCCAUCACCUGCCCCCCCAGCGCGGCGCAGCAGGAGCAGGAGGAGGCCAUGGACCAGGAGGGAGGAGGAGGAAGAGGAAGAGAGGGCCACAACAAGGCCCUGCCGGAGACCCCCGAGGAGCGCGAGCGCCUGAGGAGCAACCUGAGCCUGCUGCAGGACUGCGGCAACAUGCAGGAGCAGCUGGACAUGCUGCAGGACACCAUCCAGACCCACAUGACCCUCAGCUCCACCCACAGGGACUUCCUGGACCAGGCCAUCAGCACCAUCCGCCGGGCCACCCCGACAUCCGCCAACGCCUCCAGCAGCACCACCAACAUGUACUAGGCGGCGGUUGGCAGUGGACUUUUAAUGCACCCAUGCCAUUGUCUUUUAGCUGCCAAGGACUUCUAAAACAUCUACUAAAACAUCGACUUUUACCAAGUGCCACCGUGGACUUUCAAAGCUUUGAGGACCUACUACACCAUGGGUCUUUUCUUUCUUUUAUUAUAGCCCAAAUUAUUUUUAUUUUCAAUACCAAAUAAAUGUAUUUCUUGCAUCUUGA